ACCAUGAAUUGUAUAACUCCAAAAGCUAACCGUUAAUUCCCUGCUGAUAAUCUCAAUAAUUAACGCAGGAAUUCCAUUUUUUUCUGCAUUUAAAAAAAGAAACUAACUCACAAAGAACAAAAGAUCUGAAAAGGCGGAGGCGGGUAAUGCGUGUGCCCUCAAGAACAACAACGCUCAGGGCGAGGACGAAGAGCAGCAGCAGCAGCAGCAGCAGAAGCAGAAUCUACGUCGCCAAUUCAUCAAAAGUUGACAAGCAUUUUCGCGUUACAUGCAUUCUCCAAUCAAUAACAAGUUUGUUGGAAUUCGGAGAAUUUUGACAAGUACGGAUUGGAUUUGGGGGUGAUGGAUUCGUUGGUGGAGCUCUGCGAUUUGGUGGCGGAGAAUCCGACGCAAUUCGCGGGGAAAAUCGCUUGGCUUUGCAGCCGUUGCCCGCCGGCGGAGCUUUUGUUUGUCGGGUCGCCAAGAGUUACGAGGUCUCAGCUCAAUGCGGUACUCGCAGUCUCGCGAUUCCUCUCCAAAUGCGCCACUACCGAGUUGGAAACAGUCAGAUCAGCGAUCCUUGCUUUUUACCGCUCAAUUCCGUCCUCCUUUAAUGUUAAUUUCUGGCCGCACUCAUUUUCAGGCGACGCAAUUUCUUCGUUUUACAAAGAUCUCAUGAGAUACAUUACAGAAGCAGCCCAAGUGUCUCCCACUUUUGCUAGCGAUGUGGCUGGGUUCACCGGCGACGUCGUCAUGCAGACGAUACGUAAUGGUGAUUCGAGUAUCUCUAAGAUUUUCUUGAGCGCUAUGUGUUUGAAUUUUCCUCCGAUUCUGCCGGGUGAUGCGAAUAAAUUGAUUUCUCUUCUUCUUGACGGAUUGGACGUCACUGUUCCAAGUUCACCAAGGGACGCGAUGUUGACCACUCCUACUGGGGCUUCGGUUCAGAGCUCUCCACUAAGUGUGAACCAUGGCAGCACUGAUUUGGGAGAGGCUCCAAGCCCCGCAGCUUUUGGGGUUGACACACCAUUUUCAGGGGAUGCUAAGGGCUCUGGGGAUUCGUUUGGUGGGAGCAAUGACGGUAGCGGCGCCCCCGUGGGUAUUAAAAAAGCUGUGUUGUCGUUUGAGGGGGAGUCGGUGGAGAGUCUUCAAAAACUAGAGACUGUUUUGCAGUUGAUUAGACUUGUAUUAGAUAAGGCAGAUAUCGAUCUUAAGCUUCUGGAGCAAGUGAGAGGGAUUGCAAAGGGUCAACUGCAAUCGAUGCUUGCUUUUUUAAAGAUAAGGAAGCGUGAGUUUACAGAGCAAGGGCAGUUACUGAAAGUUAGGGUCAAUAAAAAGCUGUCCGUAUGCCAAGCGGCAGCAAAGUUGCAUAUUAAGACUCUGGCGUCUCUUGACACCGAAGGAAAGUCGUCAAAGAGGUUAUUGCAUGGAGCUCUUGCUUUGUUGAUAGAGGCUUCAGAGGCAUGCUUGUUCUCAGUUUGGCGGAAACUGAGAGCUACUGAAGAUCUCUUUCGCUGUUUGCUUGCUGGGAUUUCUCAAGCAGCUGUUGCUCGAAACGGCCAGCUCCUCCGCAUUCUGCUCAUUCGUUAUAAACCUCUUGUGCUGGCUACUUGUGCUCAGGCUGAUAGUGGGCCAAGCAGUCAGGGAGCCAUGUUCGAAACUGUUUUGAAAACAUCCAGUGAGAUAAUUGAAUUUGGAUGGACCAAGGACCGUGCUCCUCUGGACACUUUUAUAAUGGGACUGACUACUAGCAUUCGCGAGCGAAAUUACUAUGAGGAAGAGGAUGGAAAAGAGAAGCAGGAAACUCCACCUCUGCAGCUGAAUGUCAUAUAUUUGUUAGCUGAGUUGAAUGUUGCUGUUAAUAAGCCUGAAAUGGUUGACAUGAUACUGCCUCUAUUUAUUGAGAGUCUAGAAGAGGGUGAUGGUUCAAAUGCAGGCUCACUAAGGCUUCGACUUCUUGAUGCUGUUUCUCGCAUGGCGAGUUUAGGUUUUGAGAAGUCUUACCGUGAAGCCGUGGUUUUGAUGACAAGGAGCUACCUAGCUAAACUCUCUAAUGCGGGCACUGCUGAAGGUAAAACCGAGGCAUCUGAAGCCACGGCCGAACGUGUUGAGAUUUUACCUGCAGGAUUUUUGUUGAUUGCUAGAGGCAUUACAAAUAGUAAAUUGCGGUCAGAUUAUCGUCAUCGCUUGAUGUCACUGUGCUCUGAUGUGGGCUUGGCAGCUAGUGGAAGGAGUGGAGCAGAGUUUCUUGGGCCCCUUCUACCUGCGGUUGCUGAAAUAUGUUCAGACUUUGACCCUACUCUUGACGUGGAACCAUCAGUCUUGAAGCUAUUUAGGAACUUGUGGUUCUAUAUUGCGCUCUUUGGGUUAGCACCACCGAUACAGAAAGCUCAGGCUAUGACUAAAUCAGCACCCACUGCAAAUACUGUGGGUGGCACGACUACCAUUGCUCUUCAAGCGGUGGCUGGACCUUACAUGUGGGAUUCAUCAUGGUCAUCUGCUGUUCGGCGCAUUUCUCUAGGGACCCCACCUCUUGUGGUGAGUUCUGUAAAAUGGCUCGAGGAUGAGUUGGAGCUUAAUGCUCUUCACAACCCAGGAAGUCGACAAGGGAGUGAGAAAGCGGGUGCGAGCCAA